ACUGUAACGUGCCACACGAUCUGCCAACGUCUCCCGGUUGUGGGUGACGGAACAGACAGCACCGAAGAUGGCAACAUUUAAGUUUUCGGGGAAAUUAGGCGUUUUUAUUGGUUUUGUAACAUUAUUUGUUGCCGUUAAUGCCGGUGGAAAUACAUUGGUUCUUUUGGAUAAUCUAGCUAUCAAAGAAACUCAUUCAAUUUUCUUCAAAUCUCUGCAAGAGAGAGGUCAUAGUCUCACCUUCAAAUCAGCUGAUGAUGCUAGCUUAGCACUUACGAAGUAUGGAGAAUAUAUUUAUGACCAUCUCAUCAUAUUUGCUCCAUCUGUUGAUGAAUUUGGAGGCUCAUUAAGUGUGGAAUCCAUCACAGAGUUUAUCGACGGUGGAGGUAAUCUGCUUGUUGCUGCCAGCUCAAGCACAAGCGAUUUGAUUCGUGAGCUAGCCUCUGAGUGUGGAUUUGAAGUUGACGAUGAUGGUGCUGUUGUAAUUGACCAUUUAAAUUAUGAUGUAAAAGACAGUGGAAAACAUACACUUCUUGUUGCAAGCCCUACCAAUUUGAUUGAUGCUCCGGUCAUUGUUGGACCCAAAUCUGCUACACCUCUGCUGUUCCAAGGUACUGGCCUGGUAGUGGAUAGAGAAAACCCUUUGGUGUUGACCCUUCUGUCUGCUGACAGCACAGCCUACAGCUACAACCCAGACAAUUCAAUAGUUGAGUACCCACAUGCUGUUGGCAAGAACACUGCUCUCAUCGCUGCGCUUCAAGCUCGCAACAAUGCCCGUGUUGUGUUUUCUGGUUCCCUUUAUUUCUUUUCAGAUGAAGCAUUUUCGUCGCCCGUCCAAAAAGCAUUGGAUACCAAAAAGCAUCCAGUGUCUGGAAAUCUUCAAGUUGCAACAUCUGUUAGUCAAUGGGUGUUAAGGGAAAGUGGUGUUUUGAGAGUGAAAUCUGUAUCACACCAUAAAAAGGGGGAGAUGUCUCCUCCAAGCAGCUAUACUAUAAUGGAAACAGUUGUGUAUACCAUUGGUAUUGAGCAGCUUGAUGGAAAUAAGUGGGUUCCAUACAAAGCAGGUGACGUUCAGAUGGAAUUUGUCCGAAUUGAUCCUUUCGUCAGAACAACUUUGAACUAUCAGCAGAAAUCUGGCUUGUAUGAGGUGUCAUUCACUAUCCCGGAUGUGUAUGGUGUUUUCCAAUUUAAGGUUGAAUACAAUCGUAUUGGUUACACAAGAGUGUUUAGCACAACUCAGGUCUCUGUUCGACCUUUAGAACACACCCAAUAUGAGCGUUUUAUUCUGAGCGCAUAUCCAUACUAUACUAGUGCAUUUAGUAUGAUGAUCGGAGUUGUUCUCCUGAGUUUUAUUUACCUUCACUUCAAAGAAGACCAGAAGAAAACAAAGAGCGAAUAAAUUAUUACUAGUGAAAAUCUGCACCUUUGUCUUUACUGCUAUAAACUAAGUAAUAUGAUCUUGCAUCUGUAUCAAUUUUUUGUGGAUAUUUUGUACCUUAAGCAAUUUGAGUGAAUUCUGAGUCUUACACAUUUUAUAUUUGUUUUCAAGAUCUCUUGUAAUUUUUUAUGAUGUAUGAGUGCAAAGGUUUUUUUGCUUUAACUAAAGGCUGCUGUAGGUAGGAUAAAUUUACCUGUCUUUUGGCCACUCAUCUUACCAAGUGUUUUUGAUCAAACUCCUACAUAAUUUAGUCACAUUCCAGAAUAAAGUGUUGAAGUUUGCGGGUA